AAUAGAAAAUAAUGAAUAUCAAUGUACUGCGACAUUAUCAUAUCCAUCCAACAAUACACGCGAUGGUGAUGGCGUAGGAUUAACUGAGUAUGCUUUUAGUGAUCUUCAGGAUUUACGUGGACGUGCUCUUUUAAUUGCCAAAGCACCUGUUGAUGCCAAAAUGUCAAAUAAAAAUGAUAUGAUUAACGAAAUCACCCCUACUCACAUGAAUGAAUUUGUAAUCCAAGUUGACAUAGCACAGCAAAUAAUUGAUGUAUCCUCACAGCUUGUGGAGCUUGGUCACUUUGGAUAUCGUGAUUUUAAAGCAUCACGAACUACACGAGAAAUGGAAACUUUGUUGCAAAUUUUGAUUGACCAUUUAAAUGAAUGGCGAAAAAUCGUCGAAGAUGCACAAGAAGAACAUUAUUAUUUGACUUUCUUCCUAGCUAGACACAUCUUGACAUUUUACGACUAUUUUACAUUCCAAAAAGAUCAUGAAAAUAUCAAAAAUAAAU